AUGUUGUGUGGGACGAGUGUUUUCGCGGCAGUCGCGUUGUGGACUUUGACGUUAGGCGAGCCACAGUGUGAAAAAGCGCCGCCGCACGCGCAGCCCAUUGACUCGCACUAUCGACUUGGCCUCGCUGGUGAACCCGAGUUCUUUCUGUCCGGAGAACUUUAUACAGUAACACUUCAAGGAGUAGAUAGCGGGCAGGGCCCUACGCCAUUCAUAGGCUUCACGAUAUGGGUUGAGGUUUACAGCGACACUGCCAAGGGAGAAAAUAUAAACAACCAACCCAUCGAGGCUGAAAAUACAUCUCUUGGUUCAUUUCAAGCAUAUGACGCACAGGCUAAAAUCCAUGAGCAAUGUUCACCUGCCGUGGAUAAUGCUACUUCUCAUCCUAAAACUGAAGUUCAGGUUAUAUGGGGUGCACCAGUUGAUACUAAAGACCUUUGCAUUCGUAUAUGUGCGAAGGCUGGCCCAGUUCCUCUCGCUGGUGGUGGAACUAGCGGAGGCUGGUCCGUGUUAGUACGCGAGCUUUGUGCGGCGCCGGCCGCAUCUUCCAAGUUUGCAAAAUUGUCACCUAUUGUGGAACCUUGUUGUGCAUGUGACGAAGCCAAGUACGAAGUGACAUUUGAGAGCCUAUGGUCACGAAAUACGCACCCACGGGAAUUUCCGCCAGAAAGCGCGCGCGCACAUUUUGGUGAUGUUAUUGGUGCAUCGCACACUGCGCAGUUUCGCGUGUGGCAAGAAGGACGCGUCGCUAGUACUGGUCUGAGGCGUCUUGUCGAUGAUGGGUCUACUACUGCUCUAGAGAAAGAACUCAAGUCUGAGAGUGAUCACAUCAGAACAAUCAUCAAAACUCGAGGUAUAUCCUGGCAGCAAAUCGGUGGAGUUGGUACACCUAACACUUUUGCUGUAUUCCGGGUUGACGCGAAACAUCAUCUGAUUUCUUUAGCGUCCAAAUUAGCACCAUCCCCUGAUUGGUUCGUUGGAGUUUCAGCCUUGGAACUAUGUAAUGUUAAUUGUACUUGGAGCUCAUCUGCAACAGUUCCACUGUAUCCAUAUGAUGCUGGAACGGAUAAUGGUAUCAGUUACAUGUCCCGUCGUACUCCAACAUUGCCUUCGGCUCCGGUUCGCGCUCUGCGGCCAGACUGGCCUCGAGACGUUCGCUCCCCGUUCUACAGCUCUGCAGGUGAAAUGCGACCUUUUGCACGAUUGAGGUUGACUCGUCUGCGGCUGUACGAGAAGAGUUGUGAUGCCGCUGGUAAUACAUCAGAAGGUGAAGGCGCAGACGGAGUGCCUAAAUUUCAUGGAGGAGCUACUCAUGCAGGAGGCGGUGGCGCUUGCAUCACUGAGUCGUGGGGUCCUUGGGGACCUUGCAGUGUAUCGUGUGGACCUGGACGCGCAACUCGGCAAAGGCAUUACGUGUGGCCCGCCAGAGCUUACGCGGAGGCAUGCAGGGUAGCGCUCACCGAUUACAAAAGGUGUCAUGGCCCGAGGAUGCAUUGUAGAGCUCCAUCAGAAUACGAACCAGAUCCAGCGGAAUCGUCUGGUCCGUGUGCAGUGUCCGCAUGGUCUCAAUGGUCGCCAUGUGAAGGCUGCGGAGUGCGCUCAAGAACACGACACUACGUAGCAGAUAAGGCUUACAAACGAUGCCAUGUUGGAUACCGUGCUAGGACAAUACUCAGCCAAGCCAUGCCGUGCGAUAUUGGACCCUGUGAGAAACCAGCUGGAAACCGAACUAACAAUGCAACAAAUUUUGAUUGGUUUUUCGUCGAUAUAACACGAGGUGAUUGCCGUGUGACGUCAUGGGGUAGUUGGUCACCGUGUUCGGCGAAAUGUGGGCGUGGGCAUCGCCUACGUACUCGAUUGUACAUCGCGCAGGACGAUAAAGUGCAACGAGAAAUGUCGAGAAGGCUAUUGGCGCAGUGGAAUCGAAGAUUUGCUCAGUUCCAAGCCAUUGAGUAUCCAAUAGAAAAUAUGACGCAUGAUGACACGGCUGUAGAGAGUGCCGUUCAGGAGCACAUGGAGCGGUGUCAGUUCACGCUGACGCAGCAAGAGGCGUUAUGUGACGGAGAGGAUAUCAGCUGUAUAAACACCACCGUGUCACAUGAAGUGUGCAAACUGCCUAUGUCAGUGGGACAUUGUCGUGGCUAUGAAGAGCGCUGGUUCUACGAAUGGGCACGGGGCGUAUGCGAGCCCUUCGGCUUUAGCGGCUGCGGCGGGAACGGGAACAAUUUCCGUACCAGGGACCACUGCUUGCAAGCUUGCAGGACCUUGGUUAACGUGACCACUAACAACGAGACUAAAUUGAAACUCAACGAGUCAACUCAAUCGAGACUUAACGAGUUUAAUGAAAAAAAGCUAAAGCCUACUCCAUCUCACCAAGACAAUGAAGUGAUACAAAAUGAUAUCCCAUCACUAUAUGUGGAAGAAAAUUGCGAGGUGGGACCUUGGCUAGGGUGGACCGCAUGUACGGGAGACUGCGAGUUCGCAAUAAAGCUCAACUAUAGGCUUAUUCUGAAUGCUGUGGCCGGCGAGGGCAAGGACUGUCGGCGAUUGAUCAAGAGCCGCCCCUGCAAACCGUCCCAAUGCCGUAAAAUAAAUACAACUGACGUCGUCCAGCAUAUGAAUGAUUAUGAAGAUUAA